AUGAAGGCUAUAUCGUUGAUAUUUACGCUAUUCUUGACUUCCGUGGUGCAGGGUUUCCUCCUGGUCGUGCCUCAGAAGAAGAAUGCCAAGCACAAUCCAAAUCGAAUGAGGUCGUCCUCGUCGUCGCCUGGUGCCAAGACUACUGGUAGUAGUACCACCUUGUUGUUUCAAACGCCAAAUGCCAUUCAAGAGCAAGAAGACAAUUAUUUACAACUCGCUAUGCAAUAUGAACGGCGUCCUGAUGUCGUCUAUGUCAUCAUGUACAACCCAGGAACGGAACAAGAAGGCAUUCACACGAUGGAAUUCCCUCGAGGAUCGGAAACCGAUCUACUAUUGGCAUUUGAAUCAAUUGAAGACUGUGUUGGAUUUUCCAAUUCGCUGCGACAGGAUCCGAACUGGCAACAAGAACCCGUUCCAACGCCUACACCAUUGGAUCAAGUCGAGAUUGCCUGUCAAGGGAUGGGACUUCCAAUCAAGAUUGUACCAGACACGAGCCAAUUGGGAUGA